AUGUUAAUCUACGUAAAUGCAACAAACAAACAAUUUUCAUUGGAGGUAGAAAAUACUGAUAGAGUCUUGCACGUAAAGAAUCUGAUAAGAGAAAAGGAAGGAACAACUGGCAACUACCCGGGAUACACAGGUCGUUUGGUUUAUUGCGGUAAAAUUUUAGAGGAUUCAAAGACACUUGCUCACUAUGAUGUUCGCCCCUACACCACCUUUACUUUUGCUUGGUCUGCUCCAACAAAUCCAUACGAUCAAUAA